GCUGAUGGCAAAAUUGAAGUCAAACGACUGGGGCGCUCUGUCUCAUACUAUGGCGUCUCACCGAGCAGUGCAGCUUCACAACUCGUUGUCAAGUGCUUUAGAAUCUGGGUCAGUCAUGAACGGAGUUGAAAAAGAGCCACUAAAGAACCUGGACACUGACGAGUUUGUCAUUGGGGACGACACAGAGUCCGUCUUUGCUGUGGGCUCCGGCAGCAACGACCGCGAAGCUCGUCUAGCAGCUUUGGAGCAGUCGUGGGAUCAAUUCUUCACACGACAACAGACCGAGGAAGGAGUAUGGUUUGAAGGUUUGACGAAGCACCUCGACCACCUGCUAACUCUCAGAAUCGAUCGCGUUGGAGAAUGGAUCUCAUUAAAUCUCGUGCGAUUCCAAGCGGUCAGCCACGAGUCGAUCGAGGACCUCAAGCGUGCCUUCGACAACAUGACCGUUGAUAUGCGAUCCAACGUUCAGCUAUGUGGCGUACAGUGUGCGACGUGCCAUCUGCAGUGCAUCCAGAGCCGCCUACACCAAGGUCAGCAUGACUGCAAGACCGACCACAAGUGCUCGCACGAUUGUGACUUUUGCGAUGGCGACGCCAAGAUGUGUGGAAUGAACGCGGGUCAUCCGGGGAAGCAUAUCUGUGUGGUGAGCGAGCAUCUGUGCGGAUUGGAUUGCGCAUUUUCCGGAAGACAGGGUUGUUUGGUGGCCUGCACGAAGUUUAUCGACCAUGACGAUGAGCAUACGUGUUCGGCGUCGGCGCAUGAAUGUGGAGAGCCUUGUGAUCUGGGGGGUAUCAGGUUAGCGGACGGAUCAAUGUAUGACUGUCCAGGAAAAUGCUCUGUGCCUAGCGAUCGCGAGCACGUGCAGCAUCGCUGCGAUACUCGCAUGUGCCCGGUCGUCUGCAUGCUCUGCAAGAGGCUAUGCUCUCAUGGAGAUCAUUUGCAUGGCUUACAUCGGGGAGCAAUCCAUUUAUGCGGCCAAGAGCACUCGUGCAAACAGAAUUGCUCGAAACCUGGUAUUUGCGAGAUAGACACUGCGCCUCUGUCCAUUGAGGCAACAUUCACUGGCCAACACGAGACAUUCCAAUAUACAAAGUAUUCUCAAGUCAGCAAACGGCUCAAGUGUGUGAAAUUAAUACCAGCAGGUGCUACCGAACAUACGGGUGAUCAUACACACAGCAUGGAUCCAAAUGUCAUUCAUUUCUGUGAGACGCGAUGUGAAUAUUGCGGAUAUUUCUGCACACAGCCUUUGGGCCAUCCUCAGAAGGAGCAUGAGACGCGCCACGGAUCAAUGUCCAAAACGCGGUGGGCAAUCGACGGCGAUGAUGGCGACGCCAUCGAAGUGGAGGGCCGCAGAUACGCUGCAAACGAUGACGGCGCGCCCAUGAUGUGCAACCUGGUCUGUCAGACCAUGGGCAGGCAUGCGCAUAUCACGUACUGUCGCGAGGCGAGCGCUGCGGAUUGUACUGGUAACGAUCAGAUCCAGCACAUCCAAAAGCGCGUAAAGCCCCAUCCCGAAAUUGAGAAGGAUAGUAUCACCCAUACAUUGUUUUGGAAGAGGAGUGGGUUCAAAGACCCCUACUCGAAGGAGGAGCAAGCCGAAUUUGCCAAGUGUGAUGCGAUGUGCAGAGGUCCUGAGCACACUGGCCCUGGAACGCGCCCUUCCUACUGCACGUUGCCGUUGUUCCAUCCUCCCAGAGACCCAGCUAGUGCACCAGCGACCGGGUAUGUCUCGGUCGAUGGACACCUCUUCGCGUGCAGGAACCCCGUAGUCCUGCAACAGGCGUUCCAUGUUAUUUUUGUCAUAGACAGAUCGGGCUCGAUGGACAUUAACGAUCGCCACCCGCUUCCUGGGACUCCUACCACGGCACUCAUCUCUCGAACGGCAAACAACAGGCUCGGCGCUGUCUUCUCUGCGCUGCAUUCCUUCUGGUCCGCCCGGCACGCGGCGGUCACUGCGGGCGGCCAGCAGGCGGCAAACCUCCGGCGCGACUCGUACAGCGUCGUGAUGUUCGACCAUACUGUGGUCACCGCGCUCGCCAACGAUUUCACGAGCACACCCGACCAGCUGCUGAACACUGUGCUCGCGUAUGAGGCCGACGGUGGCACCAACUUUACGCUCGCGCUGCAGCAGGCGCGAAACAUCAUGGAGGCGCAUUGGAGUACUGAGCGAACACCAGUCAUCAUCUUUCUGUCCGAUGGGGAAUGUAGCAUCGAGGACACAGCCACGCAGGAUGUAUGUCGCGCUGCUAUUAGACUGGGGAAACCUGUCUCUCUGCAAACCGUGUCUUUCGGGCCUGAAGGUUCUUCUAGAUUCUUACGACGGAUGGCCGAGAUCGCCGCCGAUGCGCAGGCUAACGCUCCGCGCGACCCCCUGGCGCCUGCUGCAGCCACGGUCACAUCCACAUAUUCGCAAGCUCUAGACUCUGUCCAACUCGCCCAGACUUUCUUGGGGAUUGCCGAGUCGUUGAGGAAGCAACGGGGAUCCCUGAUUCAAUAAAUACAUCACGUCUUCUAAACUCCCUUCGUUUGCUCAUCGCAGACUUUGGCAGACCGUUCAUUACAUUGAAGCGUACACUUUCGUGUUACUAAUCCAUAUCCUUUGUCACUCCGUGUAUCUUAUCAUGUAUCUCGUACCGGUCAAGUCAGCAUCUUGCAUC